CUCCGCUGCCAUUGUACAGACGUUCCCUUAGGAAGUACGAGUCCAGUCAGUAUCCGGAGCUCGUUUACAGGACUCACACACCGGGGACGGAUCUUGGGCCUUCGUGUUGGGGAACUUACAUAGGAUUACAGGGGAAGGGAAUAUAAACUUUUGGUGUCACUCCGCUCUCAUCCCGGAGGCUCUUGCAGGUGACCGAGUCCCGUGGCGGCCGCUGCUUUUCCUCUACUGAAAGUUGUUUUCCCCCGCCCCGCUAGGAGAUGUGUAUCCGGGCGGUGUGAGGGGAGGAGGGAGACGGGAGUGACACUGACACUAGAGCCUCCAGGGGGAUCGGGACAGGGGGCUCUGUACCAGGAAUCAAGAUGUCGGCCAGAGCCACUGCUAAUAAGAAUACUGUAAUGGAAGAGACUGCAAUAUGGGAGCAGCAAACCGUAACUCUUCACAGGGCUCCAGGCUUUGGAUUUGGCAUUGCAAUAUCAGGAGGCAGAGAUAAUCCUCAUUUUCAGAGUGGUGAAACCUCAAUUGUUAUUUCUGAUGUUCUUAAGGGAGGUCCAGCUGAAGGCUUGUUACAGGAAAAUGACCGUGUUGCAAUGGUCAAUGGAGUUUCGAUGGAUAAUGUAGAGCACGCUUUUGCUGUUCAGCAGCUAAGAAAGAGUGGAAAAAAUGCCAAAAUUACAAUUCGACGGAAAAAAAAAGUACAGCUUCCUGUAGUUCGUCCUGACCCAGAUCCAGUGUCGGAAAAUGAAGAGGACAGUUAUGAGGAUGAUGUGCCUGACCAGAGAAAUGCCCAUAGUGGGACUCUUGUAAGUAGAAGAAGCGAGAAGAGCUGGGUAAGGGAUAGAAGUGCAAGCAGAGAGAGAAGUUUGUCGCCAAGAUCAGACAGAAGAUCUGUUGCUUCCAGUCAACCUCCAAAACCUUCCAAAGUGACCUUGGUGAAAUCCCGAAAAAAUGAAGAAUAUGGCUUAAGACUUGCCAGCCACAUAUUUGUAAAAGAAAUAUCUCAAGAUAGCUUGGCAGCUAGAGAUGGAAAUAUUCAAGAAGGAGAUGUUGUCCUUAAGAUUAACGGCACAGUCACAGAAAAUAUGUCUUUGACUGAUGCAAAAACAUUAAUAGAAAGAUCAAAGGGCAAGUUAAAGAUGGUGGUUCAAAGAGAUGAGCGAGCAACUCUACUAAAUGUCCCAGAUCUGGAUGACAGCCUUCAUUCUGCCAAUGCUUCAGAAAGAGAUGACAUUUCAGAAAUUCAGUCGCUGACAUCCGAUCAUUCCAACCGUUCACAUGACAGGCCUCGCCGCAGCCGUUCACGGUCUCCUGACCAGAGAUCUGAGCCUUCAGAUCAUUCCAGACAUUCUCCACAACAACUCAGCAACAGCAGAGCCAAAGCCAGUAUAUGCACAGCCUGGACAACCAGAUGUGGAUUUACCAGUCAGUCCAUCAGAUGGACCUUUUCCCAAUUCUACACAUGAAGAUGGCAUACUUAGGCCGAGCAUGAAAUUGGUGAAGUUUAAGAAAGGCGAUAGCGUGGGGUUGCGUCUGGCGGGUGGUAAUGAUGUCGGAAUUUUUGUGGCUGGAGUUUUAGAGGACAGUCCUGCUGCUAAAGAAGGAUUGGAAGAAGGUGACCAAAUUCUGAGAGUAAAUAAUGUGGACUUUACCAACAUUAUCAGGGAGGAGGCAGUACUUUUCCUUCUUGAUCUUCCCAAAGGAGAGGAGGUCACCAUUCUUGCCCAGAAAAAGAAAGAUGUAUACCGUCGAAUAGUUGAGUCAGAUGUUGGAGAUUCCUUUUAUAUAAGAACUCAUUUUGAAUAUGAAAAAGAAUCUCCUUAUGGCCUAAGUUUUAACAAAGGCGAGGUAUUUCGGGUGGUGGAUACCCUUUACAAUGGAAAACUUGGAUCGUGGCUAGCGAUCAGAAUUGGUAGAAACCAUAAGGAAGUUGAAAGGGGGAUCAUUCCCAACAAAAACAGGGCUGAACAACUUGCUAGUGUUCAAUACACGCUUCCUAAAACGGCAGGUGGUGAUCGUGCAGAUUUUUGGAGAUUCCGUGGCCUUCGAAGCUCCAAGCGAAAUCUCAGAAAAAGCAGGGAAGACAUUUCUGCCCAGCCUGUUCAGACAAAGUUUCCAGCUUAUGAGAGAGUUGUCCUGCGAGAAGCUGGGUUUCUCAGGCCUGUUGUCAUUUUUGGCCCUAUUGCUGAUGUUGCAAGAGAGAAGUUAGCAAGAGAAGAACCAGAUAUCUAUGAAGUGGCAAGAAGCGAACCUAGAGAUGCAGGCACUGACCAGCGCAGUUUGGGCAUCAUCCGUCUUCACACAAUCAAACAGAUUAUUGACCGGGAUAAGCAUGCUCUUCUUGACGUCACUCCAAAUGCUGUAGACCGUUUGAAUUAUGCACAGUGGUAUCCAAUUGUAGUGUUCCUUAAUCCAGACUCCAAGCAGGGUGUGAAAACAAUGCGAACGAGGUUGUGUCCAGAAUCUCGCAAAAGUGCCAGAAAACUGUAUGACCGUUCACACAAGCUACGAAAAUACAAUCAUCAUCUUUUCACAACUAAUAUAAAUCUAAAUUCAAUGAAUGAUGGAUGGUAUGGAGGACUGAAAGAGGCGGUUCAACAACAACAGAAUCAGUUGGUUUGGGUCUCGGAAGGCAAAGCAGAAGGAGGCACAGAUGAUGACCUUGAUUUGCAUGACGACCGUCUAUCCUACUUGUCAGCACCAGGUAGUGAAUACUCAAUGUAUAGUACUGAUAGUAGACACACUUCAGACUAUGAAGACACUGACACAGAAGGAGGGGCUUACACGGACCAGGAUCUGGAUGAAACGCUUAAUGAUGAGGCUGGAACUCCACCUGAAUCUGCUAUCACACGUUCUUCUGAACCAGUCAGAGAAGACACAUCGGCAAUACAUCAGGAUGGCCAAGCUUUCCCUGCAUAUCCACCUCAGCCACAGCCCAUUGCUGCAACAGAUUCUCCAGAAUUUAAAAAUAUACCAUCUCAACAGAAAGCAGAUGCCUUUCCUGCAGCCCCUUACCUUUCUCUGCCGCCUGAAACAAACCCUGCAACCUCAGCAGCUGCUGUAACUCCUAAUGUUAAUUCAAGCAAUGCCAGAUUGGAGGAUCCCAAACCUGCCCCUUACAACUCUUACCAAGCACAAUCUGGCCCCUUGCGACCACCAAACAGUGAGGCAGCUCACAUAAUGCUAAGAGACCAAGAUCCUUCAUCUUUACCGGUUCACAUAGAUCCAGCAAAGGUAUUCAGAAAGGAGACAUAUGCAACUGAAGAGAAUUCUAGGCAAAUUUAUAUGAUGAAACCCCAAAUACUUAGCCAUCAAAGUCAGAGACAUGAGAGAGACUCCAGUUUAAGUUAUGAAGCCCUUCCAGCCUAUGCAGAUAAGCCAAUGAAUAGGGAAUAUGAUCAUUCAUAUAGAUAUGACCCCACGUCAGAUUAUGUAGAUCAAUUAACGCACAAUUAUGAACCUAGAGUACGUUAUGAUGAUCAUGUGCCUACUUAUGAAGAGAAGUGGGGUUAUUAUGAUGAUCAACAGCCAUAUCAAUCUAGACCACAAUUUGACAAUAAGCCCACACGGGACUUCAAUGUUCGACAGCACUCUGAAGAAAGCCUUGACCGCAGCUACUUUUCCCAGCAACCUCGAUUUGAGGAGCCGCCACCUAUUCCUUAUGACAAUCGACCCCGUCCAUCUAAAAACUAUAAACCACCCCAAGUACUUUAUGAUGAAUCACCUCAAGCAGAAUAUGAUAUGCAUAUUCGUUACAAACCAGAAGCUCAAAGUUUUACUUCUCCUCCCACAUCUAGGCCUGCCGAUUCAAAACCAUAUUUUGAUCAGCACACAAGAGGUUAUGAUCAUAGUUCAUCACAAGUGUUUAACUCAAAGCCUGGCCAGUAUGAUCUUUCUCCUAGAAUGGAAGCUAUGCCCCCCCCUGCCCCAUUGAAGCCAGAGUUGCAGCCCUCUGCCAGUAAACUAUCUGCACCUGUGAAUGAAGAUGAAGAUGAUCCAGCCAUGAAACCACAGUCUGUGCUUACCAGGGUUAAGAUGUUUGAGAAUAAAAAAUCAACCCAAGGAGAAAAGAAUAAGGAGAUCAAUGACACAUCUGUUGUGAAGGUUCCAGAAGUUGCCCCUAAGCCUCUGGUUGCACCUGUAAGUGCUCCUAAAGCAGCCCCACUGCCUCAUUAUGAACCAGAAAAGUCAACAUACAGAGUACCUGAGCCACAGAAACCUCAAAUAAAGCCUCCAGAAGAUAUAAUUCGCUCUAAUCACUAUGAUCCUGAGGAAGAUGAGGAGUACUACCGAAAGCAGCUCUCGUAUUUUGAUAGAAGAAGCUUUGAUAAACCCACUCCCCCACUUUCUACCAACGUACUUCCUGAACCUGCAAAACCUGUGCAUUCUCAGAAUCAGAUAAACUUUAACAAUUACCCUUCAAAGGGAAAACCUGCAGAAACAGAACCUCUUGAACGAUCUAUUAGCGAGAAACGUUAUGAUCCCACUCCUCAGGUUUCGCCCCCAACGCAGUAUAACCAAACUUCUCCAGUGGUUGUAAACCAUUCUUCACACACAAAGCUUUCGCAUUCAGAAGUAAGCUCUAUCUCAGUUGAAGUUCCAAGUUCCAUUGUGUCUAAACCAGAGCCACCUCCCCCACAUGUCAAGCCAACAAUUUUCAGGCCUUCUAACAGAGAAGAUACUGUGCAGUCAAAUUACUAUCCUCAGAAAAGCUUUCCUGAAAAAAGUCCUAUUAAUGGCAUAGAGCCAACUCCAAAAACAGUCGCUCCUUCCUACAACCGCUUUACUCCUAAACCCUACACAAGUUCUGCCAGACCUUUUGAACGCAAGUUUGAAAGCCCCAAAUUCAACCACAACCUGCUGCCAAACGAAGCACAAGUUAAACCUGAGCUACCCACCAAACCUCAAAACUCGCCUCAACCCAUUUUAAAAUCAAGCAAUGUGACAAUGCCUCAAGAGCUUGAUAGCAUUUCUAAGCAAACUGAAAGCAAGUCCAAAUAUCAACCGAAUAAUGUUAAUGCAGUGCCUAAAGCAAUUCCUGUGAGCCCUUCUGCUUUGGAAGAUGACGAGGAAGAUGAUGCGCACACAGUAGUGGCAACAGCAAGGGGCGUUUUCAACAGCAAUGGUGGUGUGUUAAGUUCCAUAGAAACGGGUGUUAGUAUCAUCAUACCCCAAGGAGCAAUACCUGAUGGAAUAGAGCAAGAAAUUUACUUCAAGGUCUGCAGGGAUAACAGCAUUCUGCCACCCUUGGAUAAAGAGAAAGGGGAGACACUGCUUAGUCCUUUGGUAAUGUGCGGACCCCAUGGAUUAAAGUUCCUGAAGCCAGUGGAGCUGCGCCUACCACACUGUGCGUCUAUGACUCCUGAUGGUGACCCUAAACACUGGCAGAACAAGUCUCUUCCUGGUGACCCUAACUAUCUUGUUGGAGCUAAUUGUGUCUCUGUUUUGAUAGACCACUUCUAAGCCUCCUUAGUAACCAACAGAGAUAAUGUGAAGCCUUCUUGAAUCUAUUUAUCUUUUCAAGUUCUAUUGAGUAUUAACUGAAUUCAAGUAACAGUGGGACUCAAUACUGUUAAUUUGACCUGAACUUAGGUUUUAUGGUGUCAUGAUCAGAGUAAGGCCUCAGCUGUAUCAUGGCAUGGUGGUGCCGUUAAAAAUCAGUUCCUUGUCUCUCCUGAAAGUGGCAUAUUUUAGUUGCUUCAUUUUCUACAAAGGACCAAUGCUCAGACACUAGAAAAUAUAAUAAGAAAAUGCCACAAACAAGAGUUUUCAUUCCCCAGCAUUAUAUGAUAUUUAUAUGAAACACCUUACUAUUUUAUUUCCAAAGUUAGUUAGCUGUUUUUUCUAUCAUUAGAAAAAUGAAAACGCCUACAGCCAUGAUUUUGAGAAUAGGGAUCCCCCAUCUAUAAGCACAAUUGACUUUUCUGCAGAAGGGAAUUGUGACACAUUUCCAAAAAGGUGUUACAAAUAUCUCUAACAGUAAAUGGUUGAAUAUCCAUUUCUAAACUAGAAACUAUUGUAAAGUAACAUGAACAUGCCCGUUUAUUUUCUUUAAUGAAGUUCAGUUUAUGGUUGGCUGACUGUAAGUUCAGGUGCUUCCAUGAAUCUGUAAAAUAACUUAUUAAUACACACAUUUAACCAGCAGGGAUGCCUUACCCUUAUUAUAGUCUUAGAUUUCCUUAUAGUUCUCUGUAUUAAAAAGUUCAUGUCUUUCUGCGCUUAUUUAGGGUAAUGUAAAAUAAUGAUUGAAGAAAAUUUUGAUUUAUUAUGAACUAAUUUUUGAGGUGAGCACGAAAGAGCGUGAAUACUUACCUCUUCUGUUGGCCAGAAGCGACUGAAUGAAAUUGUAUGUUUUCUGCUAUGCAUUUGAAAAAUUCUCAAAGAUGUUACAAUUGCCUGUAUAUAUAAUGCGUGCAUACCACCUAUUGUUUUUUUUUUGGUUUGUAAAUUUAACUUUUUUAAGCUUUACUUUUUUGUAUAAAAAAGAAAACUGAACGUUUCUUAAAGAAUAUCUUUGUACUCAUACCUUUUUUGAGCCUUGAACUUUGUAACAUCUGCAGCAAUAAAGCAGCAUUUCUACAGUACUCACCAGAAGAACGUUUUGAAGCGAAAUGCACAAAGUUGCUACGUUUAUAAAUGCUGAACAUAAAUCCUCAGAAUUAUCUAGUUUGUUUAAUCUCUUUAAAGUAUCCCUGCUGCAAUUUGUUAUAAGGAUGCUGUAUUAUGUGCCCUAAAAUGUAUUUUUUUACUAAUAGACAAUUUAUUAAGGCACAGCUGCACGGUCUCUUUAGAAGAUACAGCACUGCAUUCUCUUAAUUAUUAGUUCUUCACGUGUGGCUGAAUAUUUUUUUUUCCCCAUUCAGUUAUUAAAUACACAUUUUUAAAUAUAUAAAAUAAAACAAAAUAAAAUUGAUUUUAAAAUAAAAAUAAAUAA